GUGCGCGAGCCGUUAUAGUUGCAGGAGGGGGUUGUUCGCGCGCUCGAAGACAUAACGUUUGUGUGGGCACGGUGAGUCCUGUCUACCUGCCGUAGUUCUGUGAGCGGUAAUCAUCAACCCAGCAGCGCGAGCGGGGGCUGCUCGUUCACGGAAGCGCCCCGCUCCCUCCCGCCUCUUCUCGGACGUCUUGUGUUAUUUUGAAGGGCAUGUCAGGGCAGACAGUGUGUUCAGCACCGCCAAGAGACAGCGGCGAGUGUUUCUGAGAGUCCGCCUCUCACAAACCUCUCAUCCGCAUCGCUCCAAACCCGUCCGCACCUCCUCACCAAAUACAUCCGCUGAAGAAGAGAGAGGGAAGGAAGGAGGGAAGCAAGGCGAUGGUUCCCUGGAGGCGGCAGGAAAUUAAAGUUCACUCAGUUUUCGUGUAACAGAGAGUGAAUCUUGUACAUUUUCCAGGAACACAGCGACCUGUGCACGAUCCCGUCUCUUCCCUUUCGUCAGAAGAACCACAACAGAAAUGGACCAAGAUAAUCCAAACCAAAGCAAGAUACGAGAGGAAAACCCAAACAAUGAGGCAGAAGCUUCAACAACUGUUCCAGCGUCCGACCCAAUGACUCCUGCCCAAGAUCCACCAGCAUGCCAGCCUCCAGGCCCCCCCAGGCCUCGGCGGCCACAGAGAAGCGCCAGAGUUGAGGGUUCUGUAGAUAUCUCAGAACUCAAAGCUGAACCCACUCCAUUAACUAGCCAGAGUGAUACCACCGACGGCGCUGUAGCAAGCCGCCCCAAGCCCUCUCGCCCCGCAUCCCUCAAACCUGCAGAGCACGCCAGGCCAAGUGGUAAAGUUAGCCCCAAGGUUCCAGGCCACCACCCGCCACACCCUGUGAGGGCCGCCUCGGUGCCCCAACCCCUUUCCAGCAGGCCUCUUCCCCCUCACCUAAACCCACACGCACAGAGAGCCCUCUCUGUAGCGGGCACUGCCGACACCGAACCUCAGACGGUGGAAGACUUCAGGGUGCACAUUAUCACCUGGAACGUGGGCUCAGCCACGCCGCCUGAUGACAUCACGUCUCUGCUGGGACUGAAUGUGGGAGAUGGAAACACCGACAUGUACAUUAUCGGGCUGCAGGAGGUCAACUCUAUGAUCAACAAAAGACUGAAAGAUGUCCUCUUCACAGACCAGUGGAGCGAGGUCUGCAUGGACAGAUUAAGCCCCUUUGGUUAUGUGCUGGUGACAUCAGAGAGAAUGCAGGGUUUGUUACUGCUCAUCUUUGCCAAAUACUUCCAUCUGCCUUUCCUCCGUGGAGUCCAGACUGAGACCACCCGCACAGGCCUGGGGGGUUACUGGGGGAAUAAAGGUGGCGUUAGCGCCCGCAUGUCGGUGUUCGGUCACAGCAUCUGCUUCCUCAACUGCCACCUGCCGGCUCACAUGGAAAACUCCGAUCAGCGCAUGGAGGACUUUGAGAGCAUCCUGCAGCAGCAGCAGUUUGAGGGCCAGGCAGCUAUCGGGGUUCAGGAUCACGACCUAGUGUUCUGGUUUGGGGAUCUCAAUUUUCGCAUUGAUGACCUGGAUAUGCAAGUUGUGAAAUCAGCCAUUGAUAACAACAAGUUAUCAGUUUUGUUGGAGAAAGAUCAGUUGAACAUGGCUAAAGACAGUGAGACUGUGUUGGAGGGAUUUCAAGAGGGACCAUUAAAAUUCCCUCCUACCUACAAGUUUGACGUUGGAACAGAUACAUACGAUACAAGUGGGAAGAAACGGAAACCAGCUUGGACUGACCGGAUCCUCUGGCGCCAGAGAGCCACUGCACCCGCUGCUCAGGACGUGGGGAAGCGUGGUUCUGUUUCAGGGCUCACCAGUGGCAUCAAAGUGACCCAGCACAACUACCGGAGUCACAUGGAGUUCACCGUCAGUGACCACAAACCGGUCUCCUCCAUCUUCACCCUGCAGUUCCCAUACAGGGUGAACAUCCCACUGGUCACUCUUGUGGUGGAGGAUGAGUGGAACAGUAUUGAAGAUGCAAAAACCGUGUUCAAACUGACGCCCAACUAUUCUCGCAGCUCCUGGGACUGGAUUGGAUUGUACAAGGUGGGUUUCAAGCACUACAAGGAUUAUGUGGGCUAUGUGUGGGCCAAGCAGGAGGAGAAUGACUUUUAUCGACAGGAACAUCAGGUAACCUUUACAGAGGAGGAAUUACCCAAAUGCUCAGGAGACUUUAUCUUGGGUUACUAUAGCAACAACAUGAGCUCCAUUGUGGGUGUUACAGAGCCAUUUCAGAUUCAGCUUCCCACUUUAGAGCGCACUAGCAGUUCUUCAGACAGCUCUGACUUCAGUUCAGAAGAUGACAGCACUGUCGUAAUGAAGAUGGGCUCCCGCAGUCCCAGUCCUCGAAAGGGCAAGCAUGGCCGCCGUCGGAGCGGCAGCCGCAGUCACUCAGGAAGCCGCUCCAGCAGCCCAACACAGGCCCAAACCAAGGAGCCCAGCACUGUGGACAGAACCAUACAAGAAGGUGAGGCAGCGAGACGUCCAGAAGAGGGCAGCAGCAGCCAGCAGCAGUCUGGUCCUGAGGCAACAGACUAA